GGAAAAGCUGAACGCAGAAACGGGCAUACUCAUAUUUCUUCUCCCAAUUUCCCAAAAUUGUCAAAUCUGAACCCUAGUUGAAAUAUGUCUUUUGUCACCAGAGAUGGGACAUGUCAUUGUGGUCGGAGGACGGUGAUUCGGACAACGUGGAAGGACGCCAACCCUGGGCGGCGAUUCCAGUCAUGCUUGAAUUACGAGGCUGUGAUUUCUUUGACUGGUACGAUCCUCCAAUGUGCCGUAGGUCUAAAAUUAUAAUUCCUGGCCUCUUGAGGAAGAUGAAUGAAAGAGAAGUUGAGAUUAAGAAGCUGAAAUUAAAAAAUGAACAUUUGGUGAAGUUGGAUAAAAAGUUGAAGAAGAUAGUCUGCAUUUUGGUUCUUUUACUGGUGUUUACCAUAUUGUCCAAGUUCAAAGUUGGUAAGGAGAACCCAAGUGGAAUGAACCAAGUGAAGAUGCUUUAG